AUGACUCUGCAACAACCUGCUACUGUCUCCGGCCUUGAGCACAAUAUAUUAUUCGAGUAUGAAACCCUCGUGAGUAAUGUCGAGAAGGUACAUGAUCUUGGGGAAGGAUGUAUCGAUGUGAACGUGAUGAACCAUACUAUUAGUCAGAUGAAUGGUACCGAUGUCGUCUUGCUUGUCGAUAAACUACGGACUCUUGAGAAAAAGGCUGGACUAGUUUAUACUCUUUUCAAGGCUUCUGUAUACGCUCUGGUAACAUCCAUUCAAGAACUUGACCUGAACGCUGAACAGGGCACCAACAGACCGGUCUUGUAA